AUGGUCUUCAUAUUGGGAGUCAGCUUCAACGAGGGACAGCUCGUCAAGAAAGCCCUGGAGUCCUUCUACGCUCUUGGACCGACUACCUCUGCCCGCAUCAUGGCCAAAUACUCGAUCCACAAGCUCGCCAAAGUCGGCUCACUGGCGCCCAGGACGGUGACUUCGCUUACAGCCGAAUUAUCGCAGAUGACGAUAGAGACGGAUGCAAGGAGACAAGUACAAGAAAACAUCAGGAGAUUAAAAGACAUCGGAUCCUACAGAGGUAGACGGCACGCCAUGGGUCUGCCAGCCCGCGGUCAACGAACAAGAACACAGACAGCGACGGCCAACAAGCUCAACAGAGUCGAUCGCAGGGCCUAGACUGCAUCCAACUGAACUGGAUUUGUGAAGGGGGAAGAAAAAAGGGAGAAAAAAAGGGAGGAAUUGGUGAGGAAAUAGGGAGGAAAUAGGGAGGAAAAAAGGAGCAA